AGCCUUCCCUUAUUCUGAAAGACAAUGGCGUCUUCUCUUUAGUCUCUCUCUGCCUUUCUUCUCUCUCUCUCUCUGCUCUUCCGCUUCCCUUCUUCCGGUCAUGGCCGUCCUCCGACGGAACCCACCGAAGUCCGGCUUCCAGACCGCGAUCUGGGCCGCCAAGCUCGCCCUCCUCCUCGCCGGAAUCUUGUCCAUUGCCGCCUUCGCCAGGAUCGCCGUUCCCUAUGCGGCCGCUCUCCUCGCCUCCGCCGUCCCCCGUGCCUGGACCGCCCUCCGCACCUGGCUCGUCCCCCCCUACCUCUUCAUCACCGUCCAUCUCAUCAUCAUCGUCAUCUGGAAGCUCUCCGACCACAAACACCACCACCACCCCCACCCGUGGCCCGCCGACGACAUUUCGAUGGACGCUCCCCGACCCCUCAAACCCAAAGAUCUCGGGGCUGCUCCUCCUGUUAUGCCUCAUAUCCGCAAGCCCUCGCCGGAGAUCUGGCGCGAAAUCUCUCCCGACCCGCUGGAAUCCGAGGCGGCGACGCCGGCUCUGGCGAAGGAACCCGCCGAUCCCUCACCGCCGUCGGACGCGUCGUGCCUCACGACGGAGUCUGACGAGCAGUCCACCGCUUCGUCACGCCUCGACAUCAAGAAAAGUAUCGCACCAGCGCCUGAGAUCGUCGAGCCGAUGGAGGAGGAGGCGCCGGCGCCGGUGCUGGAAAUAGAGGAUACUGACUCGAUGGACGCUACGUGGAACGCGAUCAUGGAGAGGUCGAGGUCCUCCCGGUCGGAGGCGGCGGCCGGAAGGGGUAUAAGGCUGCCGGAGGUGAUUAGGGCAGCUCCGCCGGCGGCGGCGGAUCCCGAUGAGAUGAACCGGCGGUUCGAGGACUUCAUAAAGAAGAAGAAAGAUGAGAUCCGUCUCCAGAGGCACGAGUCGGACCAGCGGCAGCUCGAGAUGGUUAACCGCGCUUUACACUAAUUAAUCCCAUCUCCCGCGUCAUUACCCUGUGCCUUCCUUCUUUAGUAUCUCUUAAUUAAUUAGUCCUUUAAUGAACAUUAGUGAAGGAGAUCAAAUGGGCAAGACGGAUGGAUCAUUCUUCCUCUCUUCGUUUCAAUUUUUUUUCUUUCUCGUCGUUAGACGGAGAGAAGAAGAAACCCGAAUUUCAGGCUUUUUUUUUUUUCUUGGGGAAAAAUGGAUGAGUGACGUAGGAUGGAAGCGACUGCUUUGAUGAAUGAUGAUAGAAGGGUGGGAAGCGAUUGCUGCUCGGCUUGUCUUCACCUUUUUGGUCUUCAACUUGGUAUUGUUAGAUUACUGUUAGCUAUACUUUGCUUUACUGCUAAUACCAGUUUACAGUUGUUGUUGUUCAUAGGGCUCAUGGCAUGGUGUGUGGUUAUAUAUGUGUGUGAUAUAAAUUUCUCUUAUUACUGAGUGCAAUGUUGUCGUCGCUGCUUAAUAUAAAGGUCUCAUUACUCUUUA